CCGAGCCGAGCCGAGCCGAGCAGGGCGCUGUAGUGAGCGGCCGACCUCAGCAUGAUCCUCCCCUUGGAGGGCCGGACCGCCGCGACCCGCAGGAGCAGCCCCCACACCCGGGCCUGGGCGGCCUCUGGUCCGGUCCAGACUAAAGGGCCGUCGGGGCCAGCGGGGAAGCUGAAGAUGACGUCCGCGUCGCUCCUGGACGAAGGCUCCAUGGAGACGCCGGUGCUCCUCAGCGACAUCAAGACCGAACCCCCCGAAGAGCUCCUGGCCAGCGACUGUAACCUGCCCCAGGCGGAGCCCGUGGACCUCUCCCUGCACAAGCCCAAACUGUCCCUGCAGUCGUCCGCCCUGCUGCCCGCUUCCAUCCGCUCCUCCCCCAUGCUGGUGACGCCCCCCAUCCCGUCCCCCGUGGUGUCCGUCUCGCCCUCCGGGCUGGGCUCGACGUCGGCCAUCCCGGCCGUGCUGUCCCCGGGCUCCAUCCUGGCCUCCACGCAGGGCAGCGGCGGCCAGCAGAUCCUGCACGUCAUCCACACCAUCCCCUCCGUCAACCUGCCCAGCAAGAUGGGCAACCUGCAGACCAUUCCCGUGGUGGUCCAGUCGUUACCCGUGGUGUACACCACCAUGCCCUCGGACGGGGUCACCGCCGCCAUCACGGUCCCGCUCAUCGGGGGAGACGGCAAGAAUGCCGGCUCUGUGAAAUAUGAGAGCCCCCAAACCCAAAGAAGGAACUCUAACGUAAAAAUUGACCCCAACUCCAUGUCUCCAAUGGAGAUCCACAGCGACAGCGAGGACAGUGUAGCGGAAAGUACGUCGGCAUCCUUCCAGGAGCUGCAGAGAGAGUCCGUGGUGGCCAGAAUGCAACGGGUGGAGUCCCCCGACCUGAAGAAGAGGCGGAUUCACCAGUGCGACUUUGCAGGCUGCAACAAGGUGUACACGAAGAGCUCCCACCUGAAAGCACACAGAAGGAUACACACAGGAGAGAAGCCAUACAAAUGCACCUGGGAAGGGUGCACCUGGAAAUUUGCCCGUUCGGACGAACUCACCCGGCAUUUCCGCAAGCACACGGGCAUCAAGCCCUUCCGCUGCUCGGACUGUGACCGCAGCUUCUCCCGCUCUGACCACCUAGCCCUGCAUCGCCGGAGACACAUCAUGAUGUGAUCGGAGCCGUCUCUGUCUUCAUCGCCGCCCUUCCCGACUCCUCUCCUUCCUCAGUGCUGCUGGUGGAGGGGACUGAGCGAAGAGAGUGAGAGAAAGAGAGAGAGAGAGAGAGAGAGAAGGCGAGAUGGGGUGGUUUCCCACCAGACUCAUUUGAAUCCCAACCCUCCCCGCGGACCUGCCCACCCCACCCCACCAUUUUGAUUCAUCCCCUCCCGGAUGAGUUGAAUUUCAGUGUGGCACCUGUGGCUGCCUCUGUGCUCUGAGAGAGAAGACAUUUUAACACACAAACCGAGGAAUAGAACUAAAGACUGUGAAGAUAUUCCAUAUUUUCUCUCUUCCUUUCUUUCUUUCUUUCUUUUUCACUUCCUGUUCUUCCCCUUCUUCCUUUCGCCCCAGCCCUUUCCCCCUAACGCCCUUGGAUCCCUGCUUGGAACUGGGUGGAAACUCAGCAGGUAACACAGCCCCCAAAUCCCCGCCCUGCGCUCAGUCUGCUCCCCUGGAUCAUUUAUGCUUCGGGAGAGAAAGCCCACCAUCAUCCCCACCCCGCCACCCCCACACACCGGGAAAUCCACUGCCCACGCAGAGAUCUCGUGCUUUGGGUCAGCCGGAGAAGGAGCAGUAGGUGGAAACUUGGUCAAGGACAGCACCCCCUCCAGCGCCGGAAAGUCUCAGCGAAAACCCACAGGAGGGUCGAUGGUUUCUGGUGGCUGAAGGGAACUGGGCCCCGGGAAAAGCAGAGGCGCUCCAGUGUAACCCGCACCUCCUCCGUCUCCGGCGACCACGUCCAGCCCACCUGCACCCCGAGCCCGGUUCCAGCAAGACUAGCCCUCGGGCUUAACCCCGGACGGACCACUGGUUUCCUUUGAACUGGCCAGCCCGGGAGAAUGGAUUGUUAGCCACUGCAGCCCGAGGCGGGAACGGGCCGUCGAGUGCUCCCCGGCUUCCCCGGGUGGACGGGAGGCAUGGAGGACGUCUGUCGAGGCUGCGCUCCCCGACGUAGGUGGGCAACGUUGUGGAUGGUGCCCAUGGGCUGAGGGCCUCGGAUACAGGAAGGAGAAAUCUUGUGGAGGACACUACUGGGACAUUGGGGUUUUGAGGAGAGGGGGGAGAAAUGCGCCACCUUUUUUAGAGCACAAAGGAAUAUGGCAGUAAAAUAUUUUCUAAUUCAACCGUG